AUGACGAUGAGGAGGAUAAAUCAGUUGUAUCAUUCUGUUUCUGAUAUUUAUCAUACAGCCGAUACUGCUACUGAUAAUCAUCGACAGCACUUUUCUCCACAUUCUUUAACUACCACAUCGACAACAUCGUUUUCACAAGCACCAAAACAGAAUGAAAGUAUUUCAACUACCAAAUUUCCUGUUGAAACUCCUAUACCGUCGCCAUCAAUUCGUCAACGUUCACAUAACGAUGUCGACG